AUGUCUGCUCUCCCUUUAAGAAGGAACUCAGUAGCCUGGUGCCCUUCUUUCAGAAGGAACUUUCAGGAUUGGGAAAUUCCUGACCUGGCUGAUCUACUUGAACUGCUCUCCCUUCAACCACUAAAUCUGCUCAAAGAAGACAGCUGGUACUGGACUUGGAGCACAGAUGGCCUCUUCUCUGUCAAGUCAUUUGCCACUCACCUGAUAAUGAGUGCUUCAGAAGACAUGCUUGCUUCCAGAAUCUGGAAACCAACCUCUCCCUCAAAAAUCAAUGCUCUGGUGUGGGCUGCAGAUCUAGACAGGUGUUUAACUAAAGCCCACCUAUGUAAGAGAGGGGUUCAUAUUCAGGAUCAGAGUUGUGUGUUAUGUGGUCAAGGAUUGGAAGAUAACAGUCACCUGUUUCUGCACUGCUCAAUAUCUGCUAGAAUUUGGAACCAUUUUCUUGGUUCGGUGGGUCUUGCUUGGUCAAUGCCAGCUUCGGUGAAGGAGAUGUUGUGGAGCUGGGGGUUACAGGGAUUGUCAAGGCUUGCUUCAGCUGUGUGGAUGUACAUUCCGGCUGCAGUCAUCAGUACCAUUUGGGCAGAAAGGAACAAAAGACUAUUUCAGAUUAUCUACAAGGAUCCGGAAGACCUGAUAUCUAUUUCUUUUGGAAAGUUGAUUUCUUGGGUCUCGGCUUCGAAGGGAAAUCAGGCUGCUCAGUUGGGGGCUAGGCUAAACUCUAGGAGCCUAUGGCAUCAGUAA